GGAAUGUUACCAUGGAAUCUGAGCCUAACAUGCUAGCCCCCGUGUGUCUGAUAGAAAAUGCGAAUGAGGAGCUGUCAGUGAACCCAGAAGCUCUACAGAUUCUUAACCAGAUUUCUAACCCAGUGGUGGUCAUCGCCAUCCUGGGCCUGUACCGCACUGGAAAAUCCUACCUGAUGAACCGGUUGGCAGGACAGAACAGCGGUUUCCCUCUGGGCUCCACCGUGCAAUCUGAAACCAAGGGCAUCUGGAUGUGGUGUGUGCCCCACCCCACCAAGCCGGACUGCACCCUGGUCCUUCUGGACACCGAGGGCUUGGGAGACGUGGAGAAGGGUGACCCUAAGAAUGACUCCUGGAUCUUUGCCCUGGCAGUGCUUCUGAGCAGCACAGUUAUCUACAACAGCAUGGGCACCAUCGACCAGCAGGCCCUGGAGCAGCUGCAUUAUGUGACAGAGCUCACAAAACACAUCAGGUCAAAGUCUUCCUCAAAUUCUGAUGGAGUACAAGAUUCGAUAGAGUUUGUGAGUUUCUUCCCCAGCUUCUGCUGGAUUGUACGAGAUUUCAUGCUGGAGCUGAAGUUGCAAGGUCAGCCCAUCACAACAGAUCAGUACCUGGAGAAUGCCUUGAAGCUGAUUCCAGAUGAUAAUCCCAAAUCAGAAGUAGUCAAUCUUCCCAGGGAGUGCAUCAGGAAUUUCUUCCCAGAGCACAACUGCUUUGUCCUUGAUCGGCCAACAGAUGACAAACAUCGCCUACUCCAUAUUGAGAAUAUCUCAGAAGAUGAACUGGAUCCUGAUUUUGAAGAGCAAACACGUAGCUUCUGUUCUUAUAUCUUCACUAAUGCAAAGAUCAAGUCCCUCAAAGAAGGAAUUGUGAUCACUGGAAAUCGGCUGGGGUCUCUGGUGGAGACCUACGUGAAGGCCAUCAACAGUGGGGCGGUGCCCUGUGUGGAGAAUGCGAUGACCACGCUGGCCCAGUUUGAGAACGCAGCGGCCGUGCAGAAGGCAGCUGCCCACUACAGCGAGCAGAUGGCCCAGCGAGUGCAGCUCCCCACAGACACGCUCCAGGAGCUGCUGGACGUACACGCGGCCUGCGAGAAGGAGGCCAUCGAGGUCUUCAUGGAGAGCUCCUUCAAGGAUGAAAAUCAGGAGUUCCAGAAGCAGCUGGUGAAAAUAAUUUUGGAUGAAAAGGAGGAUUUCUUGUCAAAGAAUGAAGAGGAAUCUGAUCAAUACUGCCAGAAAGAACUGAGAGAACUUUCAAAACCAUUAAUGGAAAGCACUUUAGCAGGAACAUUCUGGAUGCCUGGAGGGCACCAGCUAUACAUGGAUACACGAAAACAGAUUGAAGAGGACUAUAGGAAGGUGCCUAGGAAAGGAGUCAAGGCAGGAGAGGUCUUCCAAAAGUUUUUGCAGUCCCAGGCAACAAUAGAAGAAUCCAUCCUGCAGUCAGAUAAAGCUCUUACUGAUGGCGAAAAGGCCAUAGCAGCUGAGAUGGCCAAGAAAGAAGCAGCUGAGAGGAAACAAGAAAUUGUAAACCAGGAAAAACAGGAGGAAGAGCAGAAGAAGGCAGCUCAAGAGAGGUCUCUGAAGGAAAAUGUGGUACAGUUGGCAAAGAAGCUGAAGGUGGAGAAAGAGAACAUCCUGGGAGAUCAGAAAAAAAUUUUGCACCAAAGACUGCAGUUGCAAAGAGAUUUUCAUGAAGAAGGAUUCAUGGGGAAAGCUGAGGCAAUGCAUGAGGAGAUAAAUAACUUGAAGAAAAUGAUUGAAACUAUGGAAAAGGAUGAUGAUCUGUUUGAGCAAUCCUUGACUGAUCUUGGAAAUGCAAUAGUUUCACUAGUGUGUGCUCCUGCUGUGUUAGUUACAGUAACUGUAAAAAGAGUCUGUUCAUUGUUUACAUAAAUUAGGAGUAAUUUUAAGGAAAUGAAAGAUUUUGAGUGUAUACUCUGGUUUA